CAGGUGUGUCACCACUCAGAGAAGAACACACCCGAGCAGCAGCAGCCGGCUCCGUCUGCCUGAACUGGACUGAAACUGGACCUGGGCCAACAGCUCUGUAUUCUUCUUCUUCGUGGACUUUGAUGGCCGGACUGAUCCUGAGCUGCUGAGACAUCACGGUUGAGAUGGGCUGUCUGGGCGGCAAAACAGAUGAAGAACGACUGGAUGAAAAGGCAAAGAGAGAAGCAAAUAAGAAGAUCGAGAAGCAGCUGCAGAGGGAACGACAGACGUACAAAGCUACACACAGACUCUUACUGCUGGGUGCAGGAGAAUCGGGUAAAAGCACCAUUGUCAAACAGAUGAGGAUUCUUCAUGUGGACGGCUUUAAUGCUGAGGAGAAGCAGCAAAAGGUUCAGGACAUCAGGAAGAACGUGAAGGACGCCAUCGUGACAAUUGUGUCAGCUAUGACUAUUCUGGCUCCGCCCAUUCCCCUGGGUAACCCUGGUAACCAGUUCAGAGCGGACUACAUCAAGAGCAUCGGUCCUCUGUCUGACUUUGAAUACACCGAGGAGUUCUUUGAGCAUACUCAGAAGCUGUGGGAGGACGACGGUGUGAAGGCGUGCUUUGAGCGUGCCAAUGAAUAUCAGCUGAUUGACUGCGCUCAGUACUUCCUGAAUCGGCUGGACUCAGUUCGGAGGCCCGAUUACUCACCCACCGACCAGGACCUGCUGCGCUGCAGAGUUCUGACUUCAGGGAUUUUUGAAACCAGGUUUCAGGUGGACAAAGUCAACUUCCAUAUGUUUGAUGUAGGAGGACAGCGGGACGAACGCAGGAAGUGGAUUCAGUGCUUCAACGAUGUGACCGCUAUCAUCUUCGUGGCAGCGAGCAGCAGCUACAACAUGGUGAUCCGUGAGGACAACUCCACCAAUCGGCUGCGAGAAUCUCUGGACCUCUACAGAUCUAUCUGGACCAACAGGUUCCUGAAGACUAUUUCAGUGAUCCUCUUCCUGAACAAACAGGAUGUUCUUGCUGAGAAGAUUCUGGCUGGAAAGUCGAAGCUGGAGGAUUAUUUCCCAGAAUAUAACAACUACCAGCUUCCUGCUGAUGCUGUUCCAGACACUGAUGAAGACCCCAAAGUGAUGAGGGCCAAGUUCUUCAUCAGAGAUGAGUUUCUGAGGAUCAGUAUGGCGAGCGGUGACGACAAACAUUCCUGCUACCCUCACUUCACCUGUGCUGUUGACACCGAGAACAUCCGCCGUGUCUUCAACGACUGCCGUGACAUCAUCCAGCGGAUGCACCUGCGGCAGUAUGAACUGCUCUGAUUGACUGCUGGGCGCCGCCUGGCCCCGGCCACUCUGAAGAAGCCGAUAAGUAAUCGAGGCAGAUAGCCGAUCA